UGUCGAAUUUUGAGAUUGACCGAAAAGAGAAAAAUCAAAUCCAGAAAAUUUCUUCGAAAUUAUUAGGGUUUUGAUUUUUCUAUCCUCCAAGAAACAAACAACCUAUAAUUUAUUGAAUCCAAAAUUCACAUUUUUAUUAUUAUUGGUUUUGUUUCUUGGAGGUUUUCAAAUGGUAUCAGCUGGGGAAAUAGAAUUUGAACAAGGGUUUAAAAUGGAUGAAGAAAAUGAUCAAUCAAAUCAAAUUACAACUCCUAUUGAUAAUAAGGAUUUGGUAUACGAACUUAUGGGUAUAAUUCAUAUUAUAAGUUCUUACGCAGAAUUUAGGAGGACUCAAAGAAAGGAAAGUCGUAAUCUUGUACGUAGGAUGAAACUUUUAUUACCCCUUUUAGAAGAAAUUCGAGAUUUCAAAGGAAAAAUACCUGAAUCAGGUGUUCAAUGUUUGGUGAAAAUGAAGAAGGCAUUUCAUUCUGCUAAAAAGUUGUUAAAAACUUGUCAUUGUGGUAGCAAACUUUAUCUGGCUUUGGAAAGUGAGGCUGUUAUAAGGAGAUUUCAUUCUGUAUAUGAAAAAUUAAGCCAAACUUUGGAUGGAAUGCCUUAUGAAGAACUUGGUAUUUCAGAUGAAGAGAAAGAACAGGUGGAGUUGAUGAUCAUUCAAUUUAAAAGGUCUAAGAAACGAAUUGAUACUCAAGAUAUGGAACUCGCGAUGGAUUUGAUGGUUUCAUUGUCCACGGAGAAUGAUCGAAAUGCAGAUAGUGCUAGUAUAGAAAGGCUAGCGAAAAAACUGGAAUUGCAUACAGUUGAGGAUUUAAAAGCUGAAAUGAUAUCAGUUAAUGAAGUUAUAAAAGAAAGACGAUCACAUAAUGCUGAGAACACACAACGAAUCGUUGAUCUUCUUGACAAAUUGAAGAAAUUAGCCGGUAUGGAAGAAACUGGUCCUUGUGAUGAACCUGUUAUGCCUAAAGCUCUCGAGAAAUCAACCUCGAUAGCUAUACCAAACGAGUUUCUUUGUCCUAUCACAUUACAGAUUAUGGCUGAUCCGGUUAUUAUCUCAACAGGACAGACGUAUGAAAGAGAUAGUAUACAACAGUGGUUGGAUUCAAAUCAUCAUACAUGUCCGAAAACGGGGGAAACUUUGACACAUUUGUCAUUAGCACCAAACUUUGCUCUAAGGAAUUUAAUUGAAGAGUGGUGUUCGAAAAACAACUUUCAACUUCCAGCAAAAGAGGCUCCAACGAACCCUGAAAGUCCUUGUGCUGGGAGUGAUGAAAAGCUAUUGUCGUUGAUUAAAGACCUGUCUUUUAGUCAUUUAGAAGUGCAGAGAAAGGCUGUAACAAAGAUCAGAAUGCUUUCGAAAGAAAAUCCAGAGAAACGAACAUUGAUAGCUAAUUAUGGAGGAAUUCCACCACUGGUGUUGCUACUUUCCUAUCCGGAUUCAAAAAUCCAGGAACAUGCUGUGACAGCUCUUUUAAACUUGUCAAUCGAUGAAUCAAACAAGAAACUUAUAUCCAGAGAAAACGCGAUUCCUGAAAUAAUAGAGAUUUUGCAAAAUGGAAGUGUUGGAGCUAAAGAGAACUCUGCAGCAGCAUUAUUUAGCUUAUCAAUGCUUGAUGAAAACAAAGUAGCUAUAGGUUCGUUAAAUGGCAUCCCUCCGUUGAUUGAUCUGUUAAAAAACGGAACGAUCAGAGGGAGGAAGGAUGCCAUUACUGCACUUUUCAAUCUAUGUUUCAACCAUGCUAACAAAAGUAUCGCGAUCCAAGCUGGGAUUGUAGCACCAUUACUUCAACUACUAGAGGAAAAACACUUAGACAUGGUUGAUGAGACAUUGUCAAUAUUGUUGAUUCUCGCGACUCAUCCAGAAGGCAGACAGGUAAUUGGAAAGCUUUCCUUCAUCGAAACACUUGUAAAUUUGAUGAAGGAUGGCACUCCCAAGAACAAGGAAUGUUCUGUUGCUGUGCUUUUCGAGUUGAGUACCUAUAAUUCAAAUCUUAUGCUUGCUGCUCUUCAAUACGGCGUGUAUGAAUAUCUAGUAGAGAUAAGUAAGGAGGGAACUGAUCGCGGCCAAAGGAAAGCAAAAUCAAUACUACAACUUAUGACCAAAACUGAGCAGAUCCCAUAUUGACAAUGCAAAGUCCAAAUGUACAUCUGCUUAGCAUUUGGCUCGUCCUGUCGUCCAUGUAGGUCAACUUGGAUCUAUGUCCAAAUUAACGAAUAUAUAUUUGUUACAUGUUAUAUAAUGUAAGAAAAAGAAACAAAACACGAGUGCUAAAUAGAACUCGUUGAAGGGUUGUCUCUUUAGAAAAGGUAAAAGAAGUCCUAACGGAAACUCUGUGAAGAACUUUCUGCAAUGAUUCAAGGCAAAGUUAGAAGAAUUUUUACAGGAAUAUUUCUCCUUGUAAUCCAGGUAUGAUCAUAGACUAUGUUACUCGGACUUUUCAAAAAUGUUGACAAGUGCAUGUCAGAUACUCCAAAAAAAUAGUGCAUUUUGGAGAAUCUAACACAGAUGCAACAAUAAGUUUGAAGAGUCAAAUCAUAGAUUGUGAACUUGCAUUACAAUCUAGUGUUGAUUAGAUGGAUGUGAUUGUUUUUAUGUGACUAAUGAAAACAAAUCAAUGGAGAAGAAUCAUGGGAAAAUGUGUGUUGUUGAUAUUGUAAAUAUUGUUUUAGUUCUCCUUGGACAUUGUUUUUUCUUCUUUUCCUAUUGAAAGCUUGUAACUAUUAAAUACAAAAAUCAAACCCCUUAAGAAAA